AUGACCAGACACUGGCAAGACACGCUACAUGCUGCUGUCACAGCUGGCGCACAGAAGGUGACGCUGGACGAUGCACAGACGACGCAGCUUUCGGACCUGCUGAUCCAGGAGACCCGCGAAACAAGGAAGGCUGCGUUGCUCCUGGCCAAGCUCAGAAACGUGCCGAGAUGGUGUGCUGGCACAGAGCAGGGAGGUUCUUCAAGACCAGCAGAACGCGCCAGUCGCCACAUGGUCGAGUGGAUCCAGCAAUUUGGGGGACAAGAUGAUUGCGCUGGACAAACUGGGGAUGUCUUGUCGACAAACAUCCAGAAAGUCUCCAACGAGUCGCACGUGGGCUCCAGAAGCACCAGUCGCAGUGGCUCACGGAGCAUGGCAGCCUCAAAUUCCCACGUGGCCAACAUUAUCCCAAUGGUACUGGUACGCGAAAUGCGAAGCAACAUCCUGCCCAACACUCUGGCGGAGGAGGCGGAGACGGAUUCAGUGGGAGCCUCUCCAACAUUGGCCACACCGUCUCGGAGAGCAAAGAUGCCCUGGACCAGAUGUGGAGCUGGAUGA